AUGCUCUGUUUUUCAGGUAUUCAAGAUGAAAACCGCCUCAGUCAUGUCGAUCCUGAAAAGGACGAGGGAACUAAAUCAGAAAUCGAGGGCAAAUUUCAGAAGAUCUUAAAUAUUCUUAAAACGGAAGAUGAUAAAGAUGGGAAAGAGAAACUCAAGGAUAUGAUAAAAGAUUUUUACAAUCAGUAUUGUUCGUUGUUUGAUCGUUAUGAUCAUCUGACUGAAGCGUUGAGGAGAAGAUGGCAUGCCAAACAAGGAAAGUAUAGUUCAUCCUCCAGCUCAGAUUCUGGCUCAGAUGAUUCUCCAAAGAAAAAUGGCACAAAAUUUGGGAAAUUCGAGAAUGAUUUCAACAACGGCACAGGUAACACCAAGCAAGAACUCGAGAUUGCGUACAGUUUAAUUAGGGAGAAUGAGGCCGUGAUAUAUAGCACUGGAGAGGAGGAGAGAAAUGCUGAAGACUUGAGAACCAAUAUCCAACAGUUAAGACACCUGAAUGAAGCACUGCAGCUGGAAUUAGAGGCAAAAGGAGGGGUGUUUUCGACUUUGAAAGGGCAACUUGAAUCUGCAGAAAAAGAAGUAGCUAAGCUGAGUCAGAUACAGAGGGCCACUGAAGAGGAGAACAAUUCCCUUUCCUCGCAAAUUUUACUGCUCGAGGAUGAGAUAAAACAGUCUCAAAAGACAAGAGUUCAAGAAACUUCCGAGUUGCUGGUUCAAAUUGAGACUAUUAAAGAGGAGUUGAUGAACAAGAUUUCUGAGCAACAGAAAACAUUGGAAGAGAAAGAAAAGUUUGCAGUACUGGUGAAGGACCUAGAACUUAAAAUCAACUUUCUAAGUAACCUGAAAGGUGAAUUGGAAGAGCAGUUGAGGACAAAAAGCCAGGAUACUAUUCAGUUGCACGAAGAGAAGGAAAAACUGAAAGUUCAAAAUAGUGAACUGGGCGAACAAGCAAGUAAUAUACAGGACGAGGAAAAUAAAUUGAGGGAGGAGAAAGCAGUUCAACAGAGAAAAAUUUCCGAAUUACAAAAACUAUUAACCAAGGGAGAGGACGAACUCAUUGCCCUACAGAAAAAACUGUACAAUGUGCAAAAUGAAGCAACCUUCCAAAUUACUGCACUGUCAGAAGAGGUUACUCAUUUACUAGAGGAGAAGGAACAUUUGUGGUCCGAGAAAAGCCUAUUGGAAGUGCAAAUUGAGAGAAGUAAACAGGAGUCUAUGGAAAUUGUGGCUCGACUGGAGUAUCAGAAUACUGAAUUACAAAACAAGAUCAGAGACCAGGAUGAAAAGCUGAAAAAUCAAGAAGAUGCAUUCGUCAAAUUGAGUGAGGAGCACAAAAAACUAGAAGUCCAGUUUCAGAACUCCGAGGAAAAUCCUAAAACGACAGAGAGGAAGAUAGAAGAGAUUAAGGAGCAGUUCCAAAAGGAUAUUGAUCGAUUGGAAGAAAAUAUAGAAGACUUGAAGAGAAAUUUAGAGAUGAAAGGAGACGAGGUCAGCACUUUGAUAGAGAAUCUCCGAAAUAAUGAAGUUAAGCUUCGUUUAACAAGUCAGAAGCUCCGGAUCACAGAACAAUUACUUGCCGAGAAGGAAGAUAGCCACAGGAGCAAAGAAGAGAAGUUCCAAGAAGAACAAAAAUUGCUUGUAGAGAGGGUUGCUACGAUGACUGGAACAAUUGAAACUUAUCGAAAGGCUCAAUUAAACACAGCAAAAGAGAUAUCAGAAAAGGUAAAUGACACGUUGACUGGAAUUGAUUCAUUUAGUGUCAAGUUUGAGGAAUGCUAUGGGCACUUGGAGUCUAGAAUUUGCAAAGUCAUGAACGAGCUUGAUAUUGCUACAAACUGGAUCAGAGAGAGUAAUGGUGAGACAGAUCACCUAAAAAUGGAAAUUGCCAAUUUUAUUCAGCAACUGAAAGACAAGAAAGAACAAGAGUUGGUUUUGAGAGCUAAGGUUGGAGAACUCGAGACAACAGUGCUAAAGGGUGCAAAUGAGAAGGACAUUUUGGCGAAAAUUGUAAAACAAGGGGAAGAGAAGAUGACAGAACUCGAUAAAAUGAUCAAAGAACGGGAUGAGAAAUUGGGAGAUUUAGAAACAGAGAUGAAUAAGAAAGAUUUGGGAUUCUUGACCCUGGCUGAGGAGAAAAGAGAGGCCAUAAAACAACUGUGUAUUUUGAUUGAUUAUCACCGGAAUCGUUGUGAUGAUCUGAUCUCAAAACUGACUCGUGGAAGAACGCAGAUGGCCACUUAA